CUGAUGUGUGAAGAAAAAUAAAAUGUCGGUGGCGGGGAAAUAUUUGCACAAAAAUGUUGAGUUCUUGGAUAGGAGUGGAGACAGCUCGGAGUAUGCUGGUUGGAGUUUUAAUGGUCACAAGAAUACGGAUAAGGUUUAUACAUUUGAAGAAGCUCUAGAUUUGGCAGGACGCGGAUGGUACACUUAUGGCCUUGUAGCCUUUCUUAUUUUGGCACUCCACGGGAUAACCCUGGACAUGUUUGGUAUAUCCGUGGUGCUGACCGGGGCAUGUGAUAUGAAUCUCACCCACAAUCAGAAGACAAUUCUUCUCUCGACGCCUUUUGCAGGUUCCAUAGUCACGGCUUGGCCAUGGGGAUUUGCUGCGGAUACUCAAGGUCGUCGAAGAGCAUUAGCUUUCUCACUAUGGGGAAGUUUUAUUUUAUCUACGCUAAGCACCUUCUCACCGAAUUGGAUAGUUCUGGCUGUAUUGAAAUUUGGAAGCUGUGGUUUUUCAAGCGGUACUCAGUCAUUGGGUUUUACAUUGUUGGGAGAGUCAUGCAGUCAGAAAUUGAGAGCUUCUUUAAUAAUAAUAGUGUCUACUUCUCUUAUAAUUACAUUUGGAUCAUAUAUAGUAAUUGGAUAUUUAAUACUGAAUCUGGACGUAUCAUUUGAUCUUGAAUUCAUAACAUUUAGCAAUUGGCGGUUGCUUAAUCUAGUGUUCACUUUGCCACUCGGUUUGUCCGCAACGUUGCUGGGUUUCAUUUACGAAAGCCCAAAGUACUUGGUGAAUGCUGGAAACGUGAAAAAGGCUUUGGAUACUCUUAAGAAUAUUACGAGGAGAAACGGCGGGGAUGUAUCGAAGUAUCCGGUGAAGAGGAUAGUUCUAGAAGAGACCAAGACGUUACGGAUGGAGAAUGUUCCACUUUGGAAGUCGUUGAAAGAUCAAACUGUACCACUAUUCAAGCCUCCGCUUCUAUACAAAACGAUCCAGUUGUUUUACAUAACUGCAGUCAUCUAUUCAACGAAUAACGGUUUCUUUAUUUGGUUGCCAUUUGUAAUGGACACAUUCUACUCGGGAUAUAAUGAGAAUGCAACUGCUGCCGCUGGAGUUUGUGAUAUGAUUGUUAACUCCAACAAACUAGAUGCAGGCAUGGAGACCUGCGUCGGUACAGUCAGUGAGUUGGUACUCUGGAUGGCUGUAGCUCAAUCUUCGGUGUAUACUAUAAUAAAUAUUGGAGUGUUCUCCUUAUCACGGUGGAAGAAGUCAGUGUUUAUCAGCCUCAUGCUGUUCUGCUUCGCAUGCGGCGUGGUGAUCCCGGCGGUGACUGACAGGAUUGCCAGUAUGAUCCUACUGGAGGGGUUCAUGAUUAGUUGUGUCUGUAUAUCGAUCAUUUUCUCCUACUACGUGGACAUGUUCCCUACGUCAUACCGUGGCAUGGCCGCGUGUCUCGGAGUGAUGGUCGCCAGAGGCAGUGCACUGGUCGGCAGCAACCUGGUCGGCAGCUACCUCGACUCCCAUUGCACCACCUCCUUCUACGCCUGGUCUUUUUACGUGCUGAGCGGUGUCGUCGUGAGCUGGUUUCUUCCACCGGACAACGUGAAAAGAGAAAGUCAAUAAGAUAUCUGUUGUUAUUAGCGUAGUUUGUAAGGUUUACUUUAUAAUAAUCAGGAA